GCAGAGUCGGAGCAGCAACAUACAGCACACCCUCCCCCUCCCACAAAGCUCGCCGCCAACAUGAGGAACAGGGCUACUACACCCUUGAAGCAACCGAAAAUCCGGCAAUCAUGGAGCAAAUAUAACCUGUACAACCUCAGUCGGCUGAAGGACAGCUACCGCCCCAACGCCACCUUCUUCCAGCAAAAAUGGAAGUCCAAGGCCGCCGCCCGUGCCUACCACGGCGAACAGGUCUCCGAAAAGCAAUGGUCACGCAUGUUCUCCCCCCGCUUGCGCAGCGUCGUGCCCAUGGCCCCCAGCAACCUGGCCAGAGAUGACGGUUCCGCCAUGUCGGCCGGCCGCGGUUCCGGUCUGACGAAGGCCCCCAAAUCGGAAGGGCAGCCUGGGUUUGGGGAGUUGGAUAAGGAGGUUACCGAGUCUAAGCAGACUGGGGGGUUUGGGGGGGAUAGAAAAACGCCUUACGUUCAAAUGACGUUCGCCCCGUUGGAGCGUCGGCUCGACACGGCUAUUUUCCGUGCCCUGUUCGCGAGCAGCGCCCGGCAGGCCCGGCAGUUUGUGGUGCACGGCGCCGUCAAGGUCAAUGGCAAGCCGAUGAGAUACCCCGGCUACCUGCUCAACCCCGGCGACAUGUUCCAGGUUGAACCCGAGCGCGUCAUGUAUGCCACCGGUGCGCCCAAAGACAAGGUGGAACGACGACAGACCCGAGUGGCCCGCAAGAAGGCGGCCGAGGAGGCCAAGAAGGCCGAGGAGGCUGCGGAGGAGGCAGCCGCGGAGGAGGCUACCAAGGAGGAGUCGGCGCCGGUUGAAGCCCCCCGCGAGACCCUCAAGGCGCUCAUGGCUCAGGCUAAGGCCAUCAUGAAUAGCAGCAAGGAUGUGCUCCCGGCCAAGCGCAAGCAGGAUCUGCGUGGAUUCCAGAAAGCCGUUCGUCGGGUAUUGUCGCGUUCUGGAAACAGCACGGUUCUGACUGCCAACCUCGAGGAGCAAUUCUCCGAGCUGACGACUCUGCUCAAGGCCAAGCGCGCCGAGAAGAAGCCCGUUAAGGCGAAGGAGACCGAAAAGAAGGAGGGUGGGGAGGAGAAGCAGAAGGCAGAAAAGACGGAGAUGGAGGCAAAGACUGAGGAGUCUGCUACCGAGAAAUCCGAGUCCAAGGAUGCUACACCGAAGGCGGGCGAGAACGGCCCCAUCACUACCAAGCUGUCUGAGGCGUUCCGUCAGGCCAUCCAGAACCCGGAGAAAGAUGUAGACACAUCGGAACUCUCGGACGACGAGUUCGAAGUGCUGCGCCGGGCGCUCAUCCAGAUGCGCGACAACCCGGUCGAUAGCACCAAGCCCUAUGCCACCCCUUGGAGGCCGCGUGACUACAUGAGUGCGUUCGCCACGAUCCCCCGUUACUUGGAGGUCAAUCACAACAUCUGCGCUGCUGUGUAUUUGCGGCACCCCGUGGCUCGUCCUGGCUUCGGUGAGGUGCCGACGCCAUUCGGCGAGAAAAUCACCACCCCGGCGUUUGUGUGGUACUUGAGACGGCGGUAGGUGCAUUUCACGUGGGUUCUAAUUCAAUCAUCUGUAUUUUCUCUUCUCUCUUCUCUGUUUCUCCGUUCUGCGGGCCUGUUCCACAGUCUUCAUGUAUUACUGGGUGUCUGAUUAUUCGAUGUGUUGGUUUGGUCCUUUUUCUUGGUGUACCUGCAUCUUGGGUGCUUAUCUACAGUGUAUUCCUUUUUCUUUUUCUUUUUUAUGAUUUGUUGUUUCCCCUCGAUCACCAGGGGGAGAGGGCAAAAGUCAAUGACGUAGCCAGGGUAUUCGAAGCGAGAGGAUCCCACUGUACUGUACAUCAUCAAUACGAAUAUACUCUUG